UGUCAAAUCUUGUGAAAUCCUAUAGAUCCUAUAGAUAACUUCUCGAUUUGGGGUUGCAAUUGUUCUUCUUGUGGAAAAUUGAAUGGAGCGCGCCUUUCGGGAGACGUUCUAGCGCCUGUACACAUUCCUUCGGGUACCACCGGGGCCUGGUACUUGUGCCCAAUUCGUCUUCCGGUUGUUAUUGUUCUUUUUUCACGUUCUACCACGUGAUCUCGAUCUUGUUUUUCUUCCUAAUUUGGUGAAGAUAAAUUUGCUUUGACCCAACCAGAUGGCGACGAAGAUAGGAUCGCUACUAUUUUGUCCAACCUGUGGUACAUUACUCGAUCUUCCGAAAGAUAGCGAACCGAACGUCUUGUGCGAACAAUGUGGUCAUCAAGAACCUGCUACCUCAUACGAAAAUAUUAAGAUCACCACAAGAUCACAUCCUGAUGCCUUUCCAUCUGCUCUAAGGCAGAAAAGAAAAACUCAAACGAAAACUCACGACUCCGACAACUUGGGCGAUCUGGUCUCCGAAAAAUGUCCAGCAUGUAAUCAUCCUGAAGCUUACUCUAAAGCUCUUCAACUCCGAAGUGCAGAUGAAGGCUCAACGGUGUUUUAUACCUGUGCAUCUUGCAAGCAUGGUUGGCGUGUCAACAACUAAGCCUUACCGCUGCUCCCCUUCGCCUUGGCUGUUCCGUAAAUGUGGCAUACUAUGUAAGA